AGCAGACUAGCUAGCUGAUGAGUGGGCAAGGAAGGAAGAAGAUGUAGUAGCGAGAUUGAGAUUUGGACAUACACGAUUGAAUAGUACUCUGAAACUGAUUGGAAAGCAUCCUACGGGGCAGUGUGAAAAUUGUGAGGAGAAUGAGACAGUUGAGCAUGUUUUGAUGAGAUGCAGGAAGUAUGAACAGCAAAGAAGAGUUUUAAGUAGACGUCUGGAGAAUAGAGGGUUAAUCUUUUCUUUGGGGACUGUUUUGCAGAGAGACUCUACGUUCGAUGUAUAUAAAGAGCUGCUGACGUUUCUUCGUGUCACUGGGUUAAUUAGGAGAGUUUAAGAAGAUGUUGAAUGCUGGGGCCUUCCUGGCCCACACUCCUUACCGGAAGGUGGCGGUAAAUGCAACCUAAAGUUUUUUGCCAACCGCCAUAAAACAAAAAGAAGAAGAAGAAGUAGCUGAUGAGUGAAACAGACAGUAGUAAAUCCACUCAGGACUUCUUCACAUCACUUAGCAAGGUCAGACACAAACCCAGGACUUUAAGGCUGCUCUGUUGAAAACACAAAAUUUUUAUCUGACUCAGUUUCAGAGCCUCAUAGAUGAAAGAAUAACAGGACUGUUAUGGCUGACAAAUCCGAUGACAUCAGCUUGAUGAAGGGCCACGCCUUCACUGACCAUACCUUUCAUCACUAUUCAGAAAUUAAUACAGACAGGAUCUACAUGGAUUAUAAUGCUACCACACCACUGGAGCCAGAGGUGAUUCAGGCCAUUUCUGAAGCCCUCCAGGACGCUUGGGGAAACCCUAGCAGCAACUAUACAGCAGGUGCCAAGGCCAAGGCUAUCAUUAAUCAGUCCAGAGAGAAUGUGGCAAGAAUGGUUGGAGGUAAAGCAGAGGACAUUAUUUUCACGUCAGGUGGGACAGAGGCCAAUAACCUGGUGCUGCACACUGCUGUGGAGCACUUCAGGAAAAGCUGCAGGGCUGCAGAACAACGUGAAGGACACCAGAACGGAUGCACUGGCCGACCUCACAUUAUCACCUCUAAUGUGGAACAUGACUCCAUCAAACUUGUAGCUGAGCACUUACAGAUGGAUGGCAAAGCAGAUGUCACCUUUGUGCCGGUGUCUAAGGUGACGGCCCGUGUGGAGGUGGACGAUGUCAUUGCUGCAGUGCGUCCCAACACUUGUCUCAUCUCUGUAAUGCUGGCCAACAACGAGACAGGAGUCAUUAUGCCAGUGCGAGAGAUCUGCCAAAGAAUAAAAUCUCUCAAUAAGCGGCGUGAGCGGCUCAGGAUCCUGCUCCACACUGAUGCUGCCCAGGCUCUGGGGAAAAUCCGAGUCGAUGCCAGCGAACUCGGGGUGGAUUACCUCACUGUAGUGGGACACAAGUUCUACGCCCCUCGGAUUGGUGCUUUGUACGUGAACGGUCCUGGAACAAAGACGCCGCUACAUCCGAUGCUGUUUGGAGGAGGACAGGAGAGGAACUUCAGACCAGGCACUGAAAACACGCCAAUGAUUGCUGGUCUGGGAAAGGCUGCAGAACUGGUGACAUCUCAUCUGUCAGGAUAUGAGAGUCGUAUGCAAUACACUAGACUGUACUUGGAAGAACGACUGCGGGCCGUCUUCAAAGACAAGAUCCAGUUCAACAGCCAUUACCCCGGCUCUGAUAUCCUCCCUAACACAUGUAACGUGUCCAUCCUGGGCCCAACAUUACAAGGCUGGAGGGUAUUGUCCAACUGUAGGAGGCUUCUGGCGAGCGUCGGCGCCGCCUGCCACUCAGACAGUGGAAACCGGCCUUCUCAUAUCCUCCUGAGCUGUGGCGUCCCCUCGGAGGUGGCGGCUAAUGCUCUGAGAUUGAGCGUGGGCAGGAAGACGACCGAAGAAGAUGUGGACGCAGUUGUGGAGGAUCUGAGGGAAACCGUGAAGCUGCUGGAAGAAAUGAACUGACGGCUUUCAUUUGCACGAAGUAAAGUCAUCCUGUGGGUCAAAUAAGAAUGUACAGAACCAAAACAUGCACCAUCUGUGUUUUCUCUCAUGUUAGCCGAUCAUGUAAAAUGGAUGAAAAAUUUAAUAUAAAUAAUAAAGACGAGGUGACCUGA